ACGGGAGGCGCACGCGCUAACGCCUGGAGCAGUGUGAAUUGAGCGCGCGCUGUGUAUCGUGCUGCUCGUGCAGAGUGCAGACGCUUCACAAACCCAGGAUUUAUUUCAGAAAGUUGAGGUUUCUUUUUGUUCAAGACGAGGCGGAAAACUGAUUUUCAAGAAUGCGUGUGACUGCGUUUUCUGCGUGCGUCCUCAUCGUGUCCCUGCUGGAGCAAGUGAGUGGACACACAACCAUAGUGGGGCAAAUAUGGUGAAACUGUUGAGGUGCCUUGCAACAAAGGAGACAUCAAACUUGAGGACAUCAUAAUAAUUAAAUGGAAAUAUACCAAAGCGGACGGCACCACCGGCGAUCUCCUGACAAAAUCAAAGGCUCAGAAUGCCUCAUACUCCCAAAUUGUGGAGUACCAGGGAAGAAUCAACCUAACAAAGAACCUCAGCCUGCAAAUUUCCCAGGCAAAAAUAGCUGAUCAGAAGACAUUCACCUGUAUGGUGGUGGCAGGAACGGACAUAUUGGAGUAUCCAGUGCAAGUGACAAUUCAGAAGACCCCUUCUCCGCCCACAAUCACAAAUCAAGCCAAAGUGUUAGAGCUGGGCAAGCUAACAACGCUGGCAGAAUGUUCUACUAAAGAUGCCAAUCCAGUAGCUAACAUCGUCUGGCUGAAGGACAAUGUUCCACUUGUAGCUGAUGGGAAAGUGGUCACCAUCACACCGUCUGUGCAGACAGACAAAGACACCGGCCUCUCGACUACAUCCUCCAAGCUCGAGUACGCAGCUACGAAGGCAGAUAUGAAUGCCAAGUUCACUUGUGCCGUCCAGCAUAAGAGCCUUUCCUCGGACCUCGUCUCUGCUCCUAUGACCUUUGUCAUCCAUUACCCCAGUGAAAAGGUCAGCCUCCUGGUCGUGUCUGCAGUCCCGAUAAAGGAGGGAGACAACGUGACCCUGAAAUGUGCAGCUGAUGGGAAUCCCCCACCGACUAGCUACAACUUUCAUAUCAAGGAGAAGGUGACCAGGGAAAACUCGGACACUUACACACUCAUCGGCGUCACCCGGGCCGACAGUGGAGAAUAUAAGUGCUCCCUGGUGGACGACGAAGCAAAGACAGCCUCUACCCGGUUAACCGUUAUGUACUUGGAUAUCACGAGCGUCCCCAAAGGAAAGAUUGCUAAACGUUUAUCCGAGAGCUUCGAGGCAAAAUUAGUGGUGAACGCCUCUGAAAUUCCGCAAGUCUCAUGGACAAAGAACAACAUCAAACUGGAUGGUGAGCCCAAGUUUGACAAGGUGAAAUACUCAGACUCCGGAGUGUACGAGUGUGUGGUUUCCAUGGCUGGACUUGUCAAAAAAGCAUCAUUUGAGCUGAGUGUCCAAGGUGCUCCGGUUAUCACUAAGCUGUCUAAAGGGCGCAGUAAUGUAGGCAAGCUUCUGAGCUGCAAGGCUGAAGGUUCACCCAAACCCACUGUGCAGUGGAGCAUCAACGGCACUAAUGCCUCUGAGAGUUCCUUCGUGGAUGGAAGAGUCACAUACAAUCUCACAGUGAUUCCAACAGGCAAUCUCACAAUCAACUGCACAGUUUCUAAUGAGCUGGGCUACGACACAAAGAGCAUUGACAUAUCCACAUCGUUGGAGGAGACAACAAUGGACAAAAGGGAGCUGCCAGAAGAUUCUAAAGAUCAGACACAAGUAGCAGUAGGAGUCGUCAUAGGCCUGAUCGUGGCUGCUGUCGCUAUCGGUCUGGCCUACUGGAUCUACAUGAAGAGAACCAGGGAAGGCACCUGGAAAACGGGAGAAAAAGAGAAUGGCACACUGGAGGAAAGCAAAAAGCUGGAGGAAACUCAGAGUCAGAAAGCUGAUGUGUAAAACCAAAGGAGUAAGAAGGAGAGGAGGCAGUAUUGUAGCAGACUGUAUUACAAACUACGGAAACGUUUGGGAAGCUGAUAGGAGUCCAUCUUAUUUGUUUGACGAACUUUAUCUGAUCUAGUGUGUAUAAUGUAUAUCAGCAUCCUCUUUACAAAUGGGAGAUUUAAUAAAUGAUGUGUGUUGUAUAAUUGUGAAUCUCCUGCACUAAGGAUUAACUGUGGAAUGAACCUGUUCAAAACUUACAUGUAAAUUACGUUGCGGUUUAAUAUUUGGUGUGUUUGAAAGAAUAGUUUACUUUUUUGUUGCUUAUUGUUUAUUAAACACAGAUUUAAUUAGUUCAGGUCAAUUUACCUCAACACUAGCCUGUAAACUGUGACUCUGUAUGUGUUCUGGAAUAAGAGGUGUGUCACGCUGUUUGUUCUGAGUUUUUGUUUUUUCACAUCUCCGCUCCACGUAAAGUACCUGAGCUGUGACUACAGUAACAGUUUUCUUUUGCAGUUCAUUGAGCACUUGAUUAUUUUCAUCAAGAUGUGAUGGUAAUUCUGAAAUAAACCAUUUUGGAAGUUAAUAUAAGCUUGCAUGUGCAUUUCCAGUGUCCAGAUUUCCUUGGCAUGGUAAUCAAAAGCGCCAUUAAAAAGUUAAACAGUAUGCUGAACGCAACAAUUAAAAUCUAUAUUUCUAUGGUUUGGCAAAAUUAUAAUGAAGUAAAUCAUUAAAAUGCUAAUAAGGACAAAUGUAAAUUUUGAAUGCGCCAUGUUUGGAUGUUUGGUCUGUUUUUAAGAGUUUGUCAUUGACUGCAAAUACUAUACUAACCAUAUCUACAGUACUGAUAUGUUGCCUGUAAUACAUUUGUUUAAUUUAAACCUAAUACUGA